CUCUCACAUGUCACUCUUUCCGCAAUGGCCUUCCACUAGGAUAUUCUGCGAUUAUAUGACGCUUUUCUACCCGGAAACUCAUACAUCAUGGCUACCUGGCUAAGGUGGCUUUUAGGCGCGUCAAACACAGCGAAGGAAGAUGAUCAAAGGAAUGUGAUUAAAAUGUCGCUUUCCACACUCGAACCAAAACUGACCGGCCCCUCUUCGUCUGUUCCUGCUAUACAACUUGCAGAUACGGGGCUCUCCAAUAACAUAUUCCCGCGAACGAGGUCUAUCGAGACGCUCGCCCAUCUAAUUGAUGAGCAUGCCGUGAUCCAUGUUCGCGGAACGCCGGCAUCGGGUAAGAGCACAAUGGCAAAGCUUCUUUUCCGGCAUUAUUCACGACAUGAUUUGACUCAGCAACAGCCAAAAAUUGUCUUUGUUGCCGACUGGAAAGACUGGGUGGAAAACAAUAUGGACACUGUUGGGCACAAGAUUCAGAGAGCAGAAUUUUUGAAUGAGGCGAAUGACGACCUCAUUUUCAUCUUAGACGAAGCGCAUGUAACUUAUUCUGAUUCCUUUUUUUGGUAUUCAGUAAUCAAAGAGCACCUCGCCGCCACCAAAGGCCCGCGGUUCUGCCUAUUUACAUCAUAUGGCAGUCCAAGUACCGGCUCUCCUGAUUAUCCGAAAACAACCACCCCACCGAUUCUGAAAAGGGAGCAAAGAAUCUCGUUAAUAGCCCCCCACGAUCACGUUGGGCAUGAUCUCUGUUUAUUCUACAAACAAGAGGAAUCUAAAGACGCCGUAAAAAAAUGGGCUGACACCACCGACCACACAAUCGGUGAAGAUGUCGCGAGCUACAUUUUCGAACAGACAAAUGGACAUCCUGGAGUUGCCGGAGCGAUGCUCCGAUAUGUGGCGUUAUUUUACCGAGAUCAUCUCAAGCGGUAUGGCGUUUCGCACAUAACAUACCAGCAUGUUGGCGACGCGUUAGAAAACAACUACGAGUUGUUCAAGUUCCUUAAUUAUGAUGUCGCGGAAAAGAGCCUUCCAUCAAAAGCGAGACUGCAAGGUAUUGACCCUCUAAUUGUCGGUGUGCUGUUGCGCAUCUUGACCCAUGGGAGCCUCGAAUUCAUUAGGAAUAAUGAUGCGUUGGAAAAGUGUUUCAGACUGGGCUUCAUCCAUGUCGACGAGCCCGAAGAAGGUUAUAUGAUCUGUGUUUUGCCUUCUUUUCUGCAUGCCCGUUUUGUUGAAUAUACAUAUGGCCUGUCUAUGAUGAAACCUUCCCGGUUCUCGAGGACGAUGCUUUGCAUGGCGGAACGGGGCCAGCGAUAUGGCCCUUCUGGGAAGCCACGCCCUGUUGAGGCGGCCUAUCAGGAUGAAUUAUACAGAAGUUUUGCUGAAGAAGUCGGCCCAGGUGUAGGUAUUGUUUCUGAAAGGUCGUGCGUCGGUCAGGGGCGCAUUGAUUUCCACAUGAUCACCCCUGGCUGGGGAUUCGAACUUCUACGUGACAGCGACUGGCUUUUGGAACAUUGCAAAAGAUUCGAACCACAGGGAACAUAUCACCAGUCCAUCCGACAAGGCCUACUCACUGAUUGGCUGAUAUUGGACUGUAGGCACUCAAUCCCUCGCAAACUUUAUUCGGUGCCCAAACUAUGGCGGAUAAUUUUUUCCCAGGAUUAUUCCCGCGCUCGAAUCCUAAAUGGCGACAAUGAAGAAAUUCAUCCCGAGUUUUUCUUAAUCAACCAUUGAUGGAACGCAGAAUCCCUCUUUCUCUCCCUUUGAUUGCUUCUGCCUUUCGUGCGAUGCUGAUGACUCUUAUGACCUUUUGAUGACCUCUUGAUGACUACAUGACUUUCUUCUGUCAGGAUUGUUCCCCACUUUGUAUAUCUUUGUAUGGGCUAGGCUAGGCUGUUUGAUUUGUGUAUAUCUCUUGCUUGCUUCUACCGUUAUGGAGCAAGGUAAGUAAGAUUAUUUUAUGCAGAGGAGACACUAACUAGAUCAUUCCGGUUAUUUAUAAUGAAAGAGGCAACACUGAUAAAGAGUUCUAUGCUUUGCUUGUACUGGUUUUGAAGCAAAUGAUAGUUUGGAGGUAGUCUAGCAAGUCCCAAGGCAGCAUAGACAUGAUAAUGCGGCUUAAUCUUCUUUAAAUAUGUAAGAGUGGCCAACAUCUGAGCAAGAUCUGAGGAAUCCUGUUUUCUAAACCUUUCUCGAGCGUCCCUCACAGCAAAGAUGUUGGAAC